CGCUCAGCCGCCCCUCUCCAAAUAAAUCAGCACCAUGACUACUUCUGGGCAUGGAACAAAGAGGAUGCUCUCCCGGGGCCCCGCGCUGCUCCUGGCGCCGCUGCUGCUCCUGUGCCGAGUGGUGGAGAGCCGAGGAGGGAUCAUGGACAGCAUCCAGAGAUUCUCCAACCUGCCAACCUAUCUCCCUGCAAACCCCCACAUCUCCAAUGCUGAUACUUUCUUCUUCCUCAAGGAAGCCAACCAGGAUAUCAUGAGGAACUCCAGUUUGCAGUCCAGGGUGGAUUCAUUCUUUAUAUACAAAGCCAAACAGCCACCUGUCCUAAAUGCCACGUACGGACCCUUUUCUGUUGAACAACCCGUUCCCUUGGACCUCAUGCUGACUUCUGCAUCUUUUGGUUUCACAAAUAAAUUCACUUUUAAUUGGAAAUUAAAAUCCCACAUAAUCAACAGCUCAAUCUAUUCCAACAAACCCAAAAUACAGACCCUGUUCUAUAUAGCAGGGAAGGACUGGGAUGACUACGACUCCGAGGAGAUGCUGCCUUGUGUGAAGAUGUUUGCUUUCCUGGAGUCCAGAGAAGUGGUGGCCAGCUGCAGAUUGACAGGCCACCUGGGAUUAUGUGUGGUGGAGCUGGAAUUGUCUCCCAGCUGGUUCAGCUCCCCUCCACCCCUGCUUUCAGAGGAAACAGCCUCCCUGGAAGGGAUUACUGUGGAGCUCUUCUAUAAGAUUUAUGCAGUGGAUGGGGAAUGUUCUCCAGAGGAUGCAAAAUGGGAAAACAAUAUCCAUGCAGGGGAAGAGAAUGAGCACCAAGCUUUGUCAGCCAUGGAGAGGAUUGGUAGCAUCGUUGUUUACCCAAAUCAGGACAAAUUAAAGCAGUCUUCGCUGAGGGUGGAUGAAAAUAUCCUUAUUCACUUACCACUCAGCCCGGUCAGAGAGGGGGACAUUGUGACCUUCCAUGUUUUCCUGGCUGAUUACUCGCUAGCAGACCAGUUUGUAUUAAGGAUCAGGACGGCCCCGGGCGUGAGGAUCUCGGACAUCAGGGUGAGCGACGCUGACCAGUGGGGAGUGCAGGAGGAGACGGACAGCGCGCGGAGCACGGCCACGCUCACCUGCGUGCACAACGACCCCGGCGCCAUGGACAGAGCAAACAUGACCUCCUACGAGAUCCUGCAGAUGGAUUUUGAGGUGGACAACGGCAGCAGCCUGGCAGGGGCCCAGCAGAUCACCUGGCAGGUGGAAUACCCGCGGGACGACUCGGUCAGCGAGCUCGUGGUGUCCGAGAUCUUCGUCAGCCGCACCAUGUUCGUGGGCAUCGUGCCCCUUGCCAUGGACACAGAAAUCCUCAACACAGCCAUCCUGACGGGCAGGAUGGUGGCAGUGCCAGUCAAGGUGGUGGCCGUGCAGGAGGACGGCUCCGUGGUCGACGUCUCUGACUCCGCCGAGUGCAGAUCUGCUGAUGAAGACGUGGUCAAGGUUUCUGAGAGCUGUGACUCCAUCUUUGUUAACGGCAAGGAGAUGAAGAGCAAAGUGGACACCAUAGUGAAUUUCACGUACCAGCAUUUCACCACGCAGCUGGAGGUGACGGUCUGGGUGCCGCGGCUGCCGCUGCAGAUCGAGAUCUCCGACACCGAGCUCAGCCAGAUCAAGGGCUGGAGGAUCCCUGUCACCUCCAACAAAAGGCCCACGCGGGACAGCGAGGAUGAGGAGGAUGACGAGAAGAAGGGCAAAGGCUGCACCCUGCAGUACCAGCACGCCCUGGUGAGGGUCCUGACGCAGUUUGUGGCCGAGUCCUCGGAGCUGGGGGGCCACCUGACCUACCUGCUGGGCUCGGAGUGGCAGUUCGACAUCACGGACCUGGUGGCUGAUUUCAUGAAGGUGGAGGAGCCCAAGGUGGCCAAGCUGCAGGAGGGCCGGGUGCUGGCUGGGCGAGAGCAAGGCAUCACCACGGUGCAGGUGCUGUCCCCUCUCUCGGAUUCCAUCCUGGCAGAGAAGACAGUGAUAGUUCUGGACGACAGGGUGACCAUUGCUGACCUGGGGGUGCAGCUGGUGUCAGGCCUGUCCGUGUCCUUUCAGAGCAGCAAAGGGAACAAGAGAGCCAUCCUUGCCACCACCUCUGCCCACGACAUCCUGCGCACUCCCAAACAGGAGGCUGUGGUGAGUGCUUGGGUUCUGUUCAGCGACGGGGCGGUGACGCCCUUGGACAUCUACGACUCCAAGGACUUCUCCAUGGCCAUCACCUCCCUGGAUGAGAUGGUGGUGUCCUCACACCAGAGCCUGCAGUCCCUCUGGCCCGUGGUGGUGGCAGAAGGGGACGGGCAGGGGCCCCUGAUCAAAAUUGAGAUGGUGAUCAGCGAGCCCUGCCAGAAGACCAAGCGCAAGAGCGUUCUGGCCAUGGGGAAAGGAAACGUCAAGGUGAAGUUUGGUCAGAAGGAUUCGGACCAGAAAGGGAGCACCAACGACAUCGAAGAUGUGGAGAAAGAUUUUAAAAGCCAUGCCAGCAAUGCCAUAGAGAAAGCUGCAGAGCAAGAGAGGACAGCACAAGACUGGUCCAAAAACCACGAGGACGUGUCCGGUCCUGAGGACAAUGCAAACAAAAGCACAACUUUCAUCUCUCCCAUUGAUCAGGAGUCCCUGGAGGAUGGCCAGCUUCAAAACAACCCAACUGCCUUCACAGGUUUCCCUGCCCAGGUAGAAAUACCAGGAGAAAGCAAUCCCAGUGACCUCUCAUUGACUUCCAGAGGAUUGACAGACCUGGAGAUUGGCAUGUACGCUCUGCUCUGUGUUUUCUGCUUGGCAAUCUUGGUGUUUCUGAUUAACUGCGUGGCGUUUGCUUGGAAGUACAGGCACAAAAGGUUUGCUGUGAGUGAGCAAGGCAACAUCCCCCAUUCCCAUGACUGGGUCUGGCUUGGAAAUGAGGUGGAGCUCCUGGAAAACCCAGUGGACAUUUCGCUCCCAUCGGAGGAGUGCACUACCAUGAUUGACAGAGGGAUGCAGUUUGAAGAAAGCAACUUUCUCCUUAAUGGGAGCUCUCAGAAGACUCUUCAUAAUCAUAUCCUCAGAUCUUCUGAGUACCUUUGUGAAAAAGAAGUUAAAAGUGAACCUAUAAAUCCUUCUGGGCCAAAGCAGAAGCGAGUAAAAUUCACUUCAUAUACAACAAUACUGCCAGAGGAUGGAGGCCCCUACACCAACUCAAUUCUAUUUGACAGUGAUGAUAAUAUUAAAUGGGUAUGCCAAGAUAUGAAUCUUGGUGAUUCCAAGGAACUUAGGGACUAUAUGGAAAGACUGCAAGACAAUAUGUAAAACUACUUUCUUAUGUUUGUAAUCACCUUUAUGCCUUCUGUUUAUGGAUGGUGGAGCAGUCAGUCCAGUCAGCAAUAGGAACAAGACAGCCCAACCCUGGAGGUCCUGAGAUGAUAACCUGAUGGCAGAGAGCAGGUCCAAGAGGCUGGCUGAGUUAAUCCUGUUUCACCACAAACCAGGAUGUGCCCCUAAAGCAGCUCCCUGUAGGUGCUGGAGGUGUCACACACGAUGGCUGUUGCUGUGUACUGCCUGGUUCGAGCAAAAUGCUGAUCCACCUGCGCUCAGACUCAGAGGAGACUCCAUUUGUUGGUCAUCUCUCAUGAGAAAUGGUCAAUCAGAAAAGAAAGGGAUGUUUGUUUGCAUUGAUUUUUUCUAGUCGUCGUCCUUUGUAAAGCACAGUGGACAUUUCUUGCUCACAGCCUGAGAGGAGGCUCACGGAAAAAGGGAUUGGAAUGAAUCUCAUUUUAUUGCCUAUGUGCAAUGCAGCCAAGUAGUCUUAUUAUUUUUUACAGAUAUAAAAAACCCCAUGUGGUUAAUUUCUUCUUAUAUUGUUUGUGAAUUUUAUUUGACUUAGGGAACAUUAAAUAUUUUCUUUGAAGGGGUUUGGUUUUUUUUUUGGUUGUACCAAAGUGUAGUACAGUAAUAUUUAUAAUGAUUUGAGUUUUUUAUUCAUCUGCUUCAGCCCCCAGAGAUACCUCCUUCAUCACUGAUUAUCUUCCUCCUUUCCAUAUGGGUCGUUAGUAUUUGAAACAUAGAAAGGAAUUAGAACUCUUACUGGGAAAGGGUUGUGUCUUCUUACAGGGAACUGUAAAUAUAAUAAUAAACCCUGGAAAAUAAAAAUCAAGGAGUAGCCCUGGGUUCACUUUUGUCAUUGCUAAUAUGAAAAAAUAGCCUGUAAAAAAACCCAGUACAUACUUCAAAGGGAAAUGCUUUGCUAAAACAGUAGCUUGGCUGACAAUACCUGUUAUUAUCUGAGUGGGAAAGUCAAAUGUGGCACUGGAAUGCAUAAAGUGGGAAGGAAAAUGUCGUAGGAAAUAAGCAAAGCUUGGAGUCACAGUUUCUCUAUGCUAAUGAAUCCACUGGGGGUAGAGUUCAGCAGGCCAGAGAAGUUCAUGCUCAGCAGCCUUGUCUAAACAUCCCUGGCCAUGAAGCCAUUAAAGAGAAAAACUUGACACCAUUUCCAUUAAAAAGGGAAGAAAAGACACAUGGGGACUGCAGCCACACAAGGGACUACCCAAUUUUAUCAAGGAGAGCAAAGCUGCCAUUUCAUAUGCAUCACAUCUAUUUUUUACUGAAGGAUGGCUCAGAUAAAUUGAAAAUUACAGUUAGGAAGAACCUGAAUCUACAGAAUACUUAAACCCCCCAAAUAAAUCUCAUGUUCUUGUGAUGGAUCCUGUGCAACAACCACAAGAGCCAAAUUCCAACUGCCUUACAUACUGGAGCUCCCAUCCUUUAGGCAGAUCAAAGCAAGAUUUGAAUUUCUAUAUAAACCAGAAAAUGGUAGGAAAUUCUGCAUUUGGGUCCUAACCACAACUGGGAACAUAUUUAAUGUAACUGUAGCAAAAUACAGGAAUUUUAACAUUGAGACUAGAAGCGAGGACACCAGGCUUAUAUAAGUGAUUAGAGACUUGCUUUUGCUGGCACUGAACUGCACAGGGAGGAGAUGGCAUCUGUUAAAAUCUAAUUUUGAGGAGAGAAAAUAAUAGAGCACAGAUAUGCUUCUGUUUCAUAAGGGAUGCAGCACUUGUGCGUCAGAUGAAGUCUUGGGUUGUUUAACAAAUGUUCUCUCCCCUUUCAGUGAUCCAGGAAAUAAGGAAAGAUGAAUUCCUACAAUGAUCCUUAUCACGAACAACAUAAAAACCCUUUUUAGAAUCUAACUUCUCUUUCCAAUGCAUUAUUUGGCCCAACCAGAGAGCAGAACAAAAACCCCCUAUUUACUAUUGUUUGCACAAUACACUGACCCAAACUGACCUCAGAUUGAUUGACUCUUGAAAUCAGAGGAACCAAGCUCUGCUGGCAGGUGCAGAGGGCAAAGCGCCCGAAGAGCAAAGCCUCAGUGAGCCAGCGAGGCCGUGGCCUCACAGAGAGCUGUUUCUUCAUGGAAGUGUUUCCUUCCACUCCCUCUGAGGCUCUGUCUCCUCAUGGAAACCUUUCCUUCCAUUCCCACUGAGGUUCCACUUCCUCAUGGGAACCUCUCCUUCCAUUUCUGUGAGGCUCCUGGUGGAAACCUUUCCUUCCAGCCCUGUUUUGGGUUCCAUUUCCUCAUGGAAACCUUUCCUUCCACUCCUGUUUUGGGUUCCAUUUCCUCAUGGAAACCUUUCCUUCCAGCCCUGCUUUGGGUUCCAUUUCCUCAUGGAAACCUUUCCUUCCAGCCCUGUUUUGGGUUCCAUUUCCUCAUGGAAACCUUUCCUUCCACUCCUGUUUUGGGUUCCAUUUCCUCAUGGAAACCUUUCCUUCCACUCCUGUUUUGGGUUCCAUUUCCUCAUGGAAACCUUUCCUUCCAGCCCUGCUUUGGGUUCCAUUUCCUCAUGGAAACCUUUCCUUCCACUCCUGUUUUGGGUUCCAUCUCCUCAUGGAAACCUUUCCUUCCAGCCCUGCUGAGUUUCCAUUUCCUCAUGGAAACCUUUCCUUCAACUCCUGUGAGGCUCCUGGUGGAAACCUUUCCUUCCACUCCUGCUUUGGGUUCCAUUUCCUCAUGGAAACCUUUCCUUCCAGCCCUGCUGAGGCUCCAUCUCUCAGCUGGAGACUGUCCCUUGGAGGAUCCCAAAGUUCAGGGGCUUCCUGCUGACACCCUAGGGUGUCCCUGAUGCCCAGCCCCUGGCUGUCCCUCAUGCCUGGGCACUCAGGGAGGGGCCAGAGCCACCAGGGGACACCUCUGGCCUUUCCAGAACUUUCCUGGUGCUCCUGGGUCUGGCUGACCCCAAACCCACUGGGGCAGGAGGUCACGGGUGCCUGGGGCUGUGUUCCAUGUGCCACUGAGGGUCAGCUCCUCAGGGAGGUCUGGGUGGCUCCGUGGCUGAAUUUGGGCUGGUUUUAGAGCCACAGAGGUGGUGUCCUCCUCUGCCCAAGCUAAAUGACAAUUCCUGCCCAUCAGGAGGAGCACAGCUGCUGCUGGGAACCAGUUAAACACUGGAACUGGGGACAGCUGUCCCCAAAAAGACCCCAAUCUUCAAAUCUUGCAAUAGGGGGAAAAAAAGAAAGGUCUGCAGGUUCAUAAAUUUUCUUUUUCUUUUCCAUCACAUGUCAUCACAUGAAAGCUCUUACAUGGAAAAUGGCAAUACAACCAUGGAAAAAAGCAAUACAGAAAAAGAGAGAAGAAGUGGGAAGAGAGAACUCUCUAUUUUCAGUAAAACUGGGAUAACACCAAUAAAGUGGAGUUAUUUUAUCCUGGUUUGAGCCUUUAUGCUACUUCUCGUAAGAUGAAAGGAAAAUCUAUUCAACAUGAAUGUAUCUGAUGCAAAACAGUUCUGAGUUGAUAAUUUCCUUUUAAAUUAUCUCAAAUUUUAAUUUCAAAAUUAUGGCAUACUCUAUAAAUUUAAGCAAAUUCAAUUUUAAAUUAUUUUAAACAUCUCCUCCCCCCCGAUUUUCCCACUCACCUAAAUAUUUUUCAGUAUUGCUGUUAAAUAAAAUAUUUUAUUUAUGGAAUAUAUAAUAUUCCACUUUGCUGUUAACUGAACAGCAUUUACACAUUGAUGAAAGAGUCUCUGCUUUUGAGAGAACAAAGCAAUGGUAGCCAAGUGAUCAAAAGGCACAAAAUGUAUGUAUGUAAGUACGUGUGCAGGAAAGUAGAAUUGUCUGCAAAUAGGAGCAGAUGAGUUAGAAUGCUGCUUCAGUAGGUGCCUAGGGAAGCAAUACCUGUGAUUCAAAAAUACCAAACCAACGCCAUCUCUGACUGCUGGGGGUGCAGAGGGGGCUCUGCUGCCCUCAGGCUGUGUGAGAACAUCCCACAGGAGAGCCCAGAGCAGCCCUGUGGGCACAGAGGGGUUAACGGGACAUGCAGAGCAGCCCCGUGGGCACAGAGGGGUUAAUGGCACACGGGGCGCUGCCAACUUUGAAAACAAAGCUGGUGGCAGCCCCCAGCCCUGCCAGGGCAGCAGGGACAGGGUGUGCCCAGGACAGGGAAGGGAGAGCUGCCAGUUCCCAUGGGCAGAACCUUUUGUUUCCUUCACCCCACAGUGCCCAGCCAGGGCUCCCUGUGCCCCUUCCCCAUACUUGGGGUCCCUGCCAGCUCCUGGGGCUCCUUGUGCCCCUUCCCCACCCUUAGGGACCCUGUCCUGUUCUUGGAGCUCCCUGUUCCCCUUCCACACCCCUUAGGGACCCCUUAAAGACUCUGCCCAAUUCUUAGGUCUCCCUGUGCCCCUUCCCCCACCCCAUAGGGACCUUUGGGGCUCCCCGUGUCCCUUUUCCACCCCAUAGGGACCCUGCCCCACUCUUGGGGCUCCCCGUGCCCUUCCCCACCCUUAGGGACCCCUUAGGGACCCUG